CCAAUAUCCAAAUCAUUGGCUGCCAAAUUCGCGAGUAAUCGAAGCGACGGUAAGUGAACCAAAUACACGCAGUAACCCCAAAAAUCAGUCACUGGUGCAAACAAAAACAUAGGAUAGACAUGCACCAAAGACAAACCCGGCAGCGAGCCAUGCUUCUGUCUCUACGUGCAACAGACCUCCAUAGAAGAAGAGGAGGAUGCUCACUGGAAGGCGGAAGCGGCCGCUGUCGGCAAGCUUCCAGGAGCGGCACCGGUGGGGCAAGGAGCCGGAGGAGAGUGGGCGGUGUGGCGACGGUCGGAUCUCGCCGAACAAGGUGGGGACGUUCGAUGGGUGUCUCCUCCAUGACCCCGAGUCUCAGCUUCUCUCUCUGCACGCGCGUCUGUGUGGGUUGGUGACUCACCACACCCUGGAGAAGAAGAGCGAACUAAAAAAAUGACAGGACAAAAACCACAUACACAAAAGCCAAGCGGGUCCAGAACCCGACAACAUCUUACGAACCCGAACUGGAUGACAUCAAGAUGAGUGCGACUUGCAGAAAAUCGAACGGACAAGAAUCUGAGUGUUGACCAAUUGAAAAACAGCUAGAUGUAAAAGAGCAAAACCGAAAAACAAAACAAUAUUACUACGGAGUACGCAUUAUUCGUCGAGAAAAAAUUGUGCUGCUUAUUUAACUUUGAUCCGACCGGAGGCGAGUUGGCUAUUGCCAAAACUCCCGAUGCUCGAACGCACCGCGUGCUCGACCUCGGCUCCCGCCGCCGGCGACCACCACGCCCUCACCUUCGACCAUCAAUCCCUCCCGCGCAUCAUACUCUCCGCCGCCACAUCUUCCUCUUCCCAUGGAGGCGCCGCCGUAACCGUCUCCGCUCUCCACGCCGCGGCCACCAAGCUCGGCGUCCUCCCUUCAUCGCUCCCGGUGUCCAACGCUCUCAUCUCUGCCUAUUCCCUCUCCGGCCUCCUCCCCUCCUCCCUCCGCGCCUUCUCCCUAAUCCCCUACCCCUCCACGGCGUCCUACACCUGCAUCCUCUCCGCGCUCUCCCGCCAUGGCCGCGCCCUGGAAGCCAUGUCCCUCUUCGCCUCCUCCGCAGUCUCCCCCGACGUCGAGCUCCUCUCCUGCCUCGUAUCUUGCUGCCGCCGCGCGUCGUCCUUUCUCCCAGCCCGCGCCGCCCACGCCUUCGGCGUUAAGAACGUGCCGAUGCUGGCCUUCUACGCCUCGGCUGGCCCCGCUCUGGUUGCCUUGUAUGCGAAGCAUGGGAAAGUGGUAGCUGCCAAGAGGGUGUUUGGUUUCAGUGACGGGGAGGACGUGGUGUCCUGGAAUGCUAUGAUUGGGGGCUUUGCUACUGCCGGGAGGGGAGGAGAGGCGUGGGAUUGCUUCAGGGACAUGCGCUCUCACGGUGUUCGAGGGAAUGCCCGCACGGCUGUGGCUGUGCUUGGGGCUUGUGAUCUGGAGUCUGGCAGGCAGGUCCACGGGUAUAUCAUGAGAAUCCACAGUGGUGGUUCAAAGCCUAUUUUGUGGAACGCAUUGUUGAGCAUGUACUCACGUGCUGGGCAUGUUAGGGAUGCGGAGAAGGUGUUCUUGGAGAUUGAAGGGAAGGAUGUUGUGUCUUGGAAUGUAAUGAUCGGGGCCUUUGCGAAGAACGGGCAUGGAGAGAGGGCACUUGAGUUUCAAGAUAUGAUGGUGCAUUUUGGGAUGAAACCAGACUCGUUGACAUUCACAACUGUGCUCAUGGCAUGUUGCCAUUGUGGCUUGGUUGAUGAAGGUCUUGCAAUAUUUCAGCGCUUCGUUGCAGGCAUUGGUCUCACCCCAUCCAUGGAGCAGUGUGCCUGCAUUGUGGAUUUGCUUGCACGUGCUGGGAGAUUUGAGGAGGCCGUGGAGUUCACCGGUCAAAUGCCAGAGAGACCGAAUGCAAUUGUAUGGGGUGCUUUACUAUCUGCAAGUAGGAUGCAUGACAAUGUAGAAUUUGCACAAAUUGCAUUUGAGCAGCUGGUUCAAGCAGAGCCAGAAAACCCAGGGAAUUUUGUUACGAUGUCAAACAUAUAUGCAAACGCUGGAAUGGUGGAGGAUGCAAAGAGAGUGAGGAUGAUGAUUGACAGGGAAGACUUGGUGAAGCCUUCAGGACAAAGUUGUAUUGAAGCUGUGUAAGAACUAAGAAGUGAAUGGUGCUGAGGUGCUCCUGCCAAUGGUGAUGAUGUUGAAAGAACUACCUCAUGUGGCGUUAUCGUCAUUGUGGACACGGAUUGAAAUAGGAUGAGGCUAUCAAGAUACAUGAAAGGCAAGC